AUGUCCAACUAUGUGAAAUUUUUUAAGGACAUUUUAACUAAGAAGAGGAGGCUUGGAGAAUUUGAAACGGUGGCUUUGACUGAAGGUUGUAGUGCUAUAUUGAAGAAUAAAAUUCCUCCUAAAUUAAAAGAUCCGAGCAGCUUCACAAUUCCUUGGUCUAUUGGUGGUAGAGCACUUUGUGACUUGGGGGCUAGUAUCAGUUUGAUGCCCAUGUCAAUUUUCAAGAAGGUUGGGAUUGGAGAAGCAAGACCAACCACAGUCACUUUGCAAUUAGUGAAUCAAUCUAUGGCACAUCUGGAAGGCAAGAUCGAGGAUGUACUUGUGCAAGUUGAUAAAUUCAUUUUUCCGACUAAUUUCAUCAUUCUUGAUUAUGAAGCGGAUAGAGAUGUUCCUAUUAUCUUGGGUAGGCCAUUUCUAGCUACCGGGAGGACUUUGAUUGACAUACAAAAAGGGGAGCUUACUAUGAGGAUGAAUGACCAACAUGUGACUUUCAAUGUGUUCAACGUUAUGAAAUUUCCAGAGGAGAUUGAGGAAUGCUCUCGGCUGAGUGUAAUUGAAUCAAUUGUCGCUGAAAAAUUCCACAAGGAAGCUUUUAAAGAUGGAGUGGGGGUGAGGUCACUUGAAGAGCUUGAAAACUUAAGUGAAGAGGAAAAAUGCCAAGUUACAUGGGUGGACUCAAAGCAGCCCUUUACUAAAUUUAGGAGGCCUUUUGAGUCCUUGGACUUGUUGGAAGGAAAUUUUAAGCCUCCUAAGCCCUCUAUUCAAGAGCCACCAAAGUUAGAGUUGAAGCCUUUGCCUAAUCACUUGAUGUAUGCUUAUUUGAGAGAUAACGAGACUUUGCCUGUGAUUAUUUCAGCCAUGUUAGGAGCUGAAAAAGUGCAUUUGUUGCUGGCUGUUUUGAAGAAAUAUACAAGGGCCAUUGGUUGGACCAUGGCAGAUAUUAAGGGUAUAAGUCCCUCAUUUUGUAUGCAUAAAAUUUUGUUGGAGGAUUGCUGUAAUAAUUUUGUUGAGCAGCAGUGA